AUGCUCAAGAGCUUCGAAAACCUUCUGGAACAAAUGAAGAGCCUGGAGCUGCAAAAUACCAUGGAUUUUGAAAAGGUCGGGCAGAGCUUGGUGUGUCUGGAGGAGCAAAUGCAUCGUCGACUCGCUGAGACAAAGGCCCGUUUGUGCGAUAAUGAAUGGGAUACACUGUCCACCAUCUCAUCAACCUCUUUAUCGACUGAACCGGAGCCAUCUAUGACAUCGAUCCUCGGCGCUCUUCCACCAAAACUCUACGGAAUCGUCGAGUUGCGCGUAGCGAUCAACAAGGCAAGACAGCUAUUAGCGGAGAUCGUGCCCGAGUUGAGAGCCGCUGUCGACUGUGUGCGCAUCCCACUCGUCCGUGACGACAUCGAGGCGUUUAUCAAACGAGCCGACAACAUUCAGAUCGUCUUCAAUCAAUUGGGAGCUCGUAUGGAGAACGAAAGUAUGGACGAUCUCGACGAAUUUGUGCUCAACGCGGGCUCGGAAAAGGACAAUCCUCAAACUCGAAGAAGUCCAAGUGAAGUGCCCGUCUCGAUGCCCAAUUUAAACAAAACGACCUACUCUUCU